AGGCAACUUAUCCUACCUCAGGUUCUACUGCUUACUGAAACCUCAGUAACGUCUAGAAGCUUGAACAGUGAGUGAAUUAAAAUGAUGGAGACUGUUAAGAUGGAGCCUUUGACGCCUCCACAUACGCCACCGUCACUUAAUCCAGGAUUGGGACGAUGGAUUGGCUCGAGAAUGGGACACAUGUACCCGGGCGCCCACUUGCCGGGAUUCAAUGCUGCCUUUUUGGACCACUGGGUCCGCGGGGCUGCAUUGAUCGCAGCUCGAGGUUACCCCCAUGGACACCCGACACACCCAAGUCACCCUGGGCAUCCGGGGCAUCAGAUCCACACGGGUCAGCCUGGGCUUCCGAUACCCCCGGCCUCGUUCCUCACUCGGCGGCUUCCUGGUCAGCGUCCCAAAAAACAAUUUAUUUGUAAAUUUUGCAAUAGACAAUUCACUAAAAGUUAUAAUUUACUUAUACAUGAGAGAACUCACACCGAUGAAAGACCGUAUUCUUGUGAUAUUUGUGGAAAGGCUUUUAGGAGACAGGAUCAUCUUAGAGAUCAUCGAUACAUUCAUAGUAAAGAAAAACCAUUCAAAUGUAACGAGUGUGGAAAAGGAUUCUGCCAAAGCCGAACCCUAGCAGUCCACAAAAUUCUUCACAUGGAAGAGUCGCCGCACAAGUGUCCAGUCUGCUCGCGCACUUUCAACCAGCGUAGCAAUCUCAAGACCCACUUACUCACCCACUCGGAUGUUCCCCAGGAUUUGAGGAUCGACACCCAGUCCACCCAAUCUCCUUUGCCCUCAAGGACCGACGCGAUCCUCAAGAAACCCACGAAACUCGGGUUCAGCAUCGAAGACAUCAUGAGACGUUGAAGUUUUUACUUUUUAAGUUGACCUAGACUUUUAAAUCCAGACCUAAGACCCUGGAUCCUGGAUCCUGGAUCUGGAACUUGGAUGUACUUUUAGAUUUUUAUUUUUUUUGUAAAUAACCAAAGUGUCCAGGACUAAAAAGACUAAAAGUCGACCACCCAGUAGGCCAGUGGUCACUAGCUCGUUCAUUACUUAUCCGAGGAAACCUUUUAGUUGAUAAAAUUAACUGCGUUACCACUUAUUCAGAGUAGAAUAGAGUAUAGUCCAAGUGGAGUCAAGUCGAGGUGUAGAGGUUUAGAGCUAUAAGGUGUAAAUACGAUAACGAUAGCUGUUUAUAUCGAUGUUUUUAUGUUUAUGGGUGAGUUAAGUUAAUUGUGCGUGGGAGGUUUAUGUAUAAAGAUUCGUCUACACAUUUAAAUAACGUCUUUCUUAUCAGUAAAUUAAUAUAAAUUAUUUAAAGACUAAAUAAAAAGAAACUUAGUACCUUUUUGUCGUUACCAAUUUUUAUUAAAUUAGGGAA